AGGUGCAAGCGGCAGAGAGAGAGAGCAGGGAGGGGCAAGGUGCGAACGGCAGAGAGAGACAGAGAGAGAGAGAGAGGUGCGCUGUUUACACAGACAGAUUUAGAGAGAAACGACGUUCGCAUGAACUCUGAGUAAAUUCGAGUAUAAUUUACUGGACGUAUUGAAGAGAAACUGCGACGAAAGUAUCGAUCUCAUCACGCUAGUAUCGAUUCGAUUCCGAUACACACCUUGGUAUCGAUACACUCUUUUUUAUGAAUAAUAAGGAAAUUAAAGAUGUCUGAGUAAUCUACGGUAUUUCUACUAAAAACUAAAAUAAGUUAGAAAGUAUAGUGGUUCGAUCGAAACACGGAUUGAGAGAAAAAACAUUUAACUCAACAACAGAAGAAAAUGGAGGACAGCAGCAGGAGGUUCGGGUGUAGUCUAGGAUGAGUGCCAGAGAAGAACAGCGGCAGUCCAUAUCCAUACUGUGAACCAGUUCUACUGCAUUGUUCUGACUCUGUGUUUUGCAGAAUAAUGAAGUCCACGUUUCUGGCACUUGGUUUGUACAUAUUCGGUGUUUCUGCUCUCCUUACAUAUGGAGCCGGUUGCGGGAAAGGUGAAUAUCGAUCAACAGCUGGAGAAUGUUGUCCGAUGUGUUCUACAGGGACAGUGGUUAUAAAAGACUGUAUUGGUGAUUACAGUACAAAAUGUAAACCUUGUUCUAAAGGAACAUUCAUGAAUGAACCGAAUGGACUUCCAAACUGUUUUCCAUGUAAAACCUGUGACACAGGUCUUUUUAUUUUGCAAGACUGUACCAUAACAAAGAAUACCGUCUGUGAGGUCUUGGAUGGAUAUUACUGUUUGCGCUACUCACAAGGAGAAUGCGCUCUUGCAGUGAAACACAGUGAAUGUAAACCUGGGCAACAUAUAAAAGCUCCAGGAACCAAGGCCUCAGAUACAGUUUGUGAGCCCUGUCCACUGGGAUUUUAUUCUCCUGAAGGUGUGAACUGCACAAAAUGGACUGACUGUUCAGUCAGACAUGAGGUUGAGGUUCAGGAAGGCACUUCCAUCAGAGAUGUUCAGUGCAAACCAACAAGAAAAAGAUAUGGGCUCAUACCAGCUUUCGUCUUAUAUUUACCCACAGUUUUAGUUUUAUUUUUGAAGCGCAAAAUGAACUGUAACACAGGAUUAAAAGGAAGUGCUGAUAUUUUAUACAAAAACCUUACAGCAGAGUCCUGUAAUGGAAACAAAUCCUGAAGUUCUAGAAUGUGCAGCAUCAUCCAGUAAACAGGAAGAAAAUGAGGAAGUGGAUCAACCAGCUACAAGGUGACUGAUGAGGAACACACUGUGCAUCUGAAAGAAAAGUGAAUUACUCCACAA